GUUUUAUGAUAUUCACACUAUAUCGUAAGAGUUCUUUUUCAUACGAAGCCAUUUUACAGUACUCUUUUAAUAUAAAAAUGGAGAACGAUAACGGAGUACUUGUUGACUUAUACAUCCCAAGAAAGUGCUCAUCAAGUAAUCGUAUUAUACAUGCUAAAGAUCAUGCAUCUAUUCAAUUAAGUAUUGCUGAUGUUGAUCCUGAAACUGGACGCAUGAGUGAUUCACAAAAAAUGUAUGCAAUUUGUGGAGCUAUACGCCGAAUGGGUGAAUCUGAUGAUUGUUUGGUAAGACUUGCAAAAAAUGAUGGUAUAUUACCAAAAAAUUUUUAAUAUAUAAUUCUUUUAUUCUUUCAAUAAAAAUAUAAAAAUUUAAAUAA